UAUUCAUAAACAACAUAGCUCGUGGGCUUUCUGUUACGGUAUCUGGUUUGUUUGUUUGCUUUAAAUAUGCUGAAAAAGAAACCAAGUGGUUCGGAAAAGAAAAGGAAACACUCGCACUCCGAAGAGCGACAGAACAGCAACAAACGCCGCAGCUCAGAGUCACAAUUAGAGGACUCCAAAGAUGAGCUCGCCGACCCCGAGCUGGACCGGGUCGGCAGCGACAUUGAGGAAGGCGGUCUCGACCUCAGCGUGCCCUUCCAGCCAAUCAAAGCUUACAUCAGCAACAAGCAGGAGAUGCUGCAGCAGUGCUUCCAUGUGUUGGGGGAGAAGAAGGUCCGGAAGAUGCUCCCCGAUGAGCUCAAGGACUGCAGUUUAGAAGAGAUCAAAACUCUCUGUUGGGAGCAGCUGGAACCAAUCUCAGAGAAAAAUCUCACUCAAAUUUUAGCAGGAGAAGAGAUAGCAGCCGGAAACAGUGAUGGAGGGACUUUGCAGAACCAACAGGAUAACAAUGUUGACUCCACUUCCUGCUUGAAAGAAAGCGCUAAAACCGAUGACGUAAAACAAGCAGAGGGAGGUGGCUCUGGCGAGGAGAGUGACGUCCUGAGCAUAAACGCAGACGCUUACGACAGCGACAUCGAGGGGCCGAAGGAGGAGCAGGCUGUCAAAGCCGACGAGGUGGUCACAAAACCGGACAACGGCGGCGGUGAGCGAUCUGACCGGGCCUCCGUAAACCCCAAGCCGGCAGCUCCAGAGACUAAGAAGGACAUUCAGAGUGACAUAGACAAAAGCGUCAGCGAAAUCUUAGCCCUCUCUUCAACAUCGACUAAAGAGGAAGCAGUGGAAGCGAGCAGCGGGACGUUGCAGCCUGCGGGCGUCGAAGUAGUUGCUCAAGGCGGAGCUUCAGUUUGUUCACCGUCGAUCCAACAGCUGGAGCUGCUGGAGCUGGAGAUGAGGGCGAGGGCCAUCAAGGCUCUGAUGAAAGCUGGAGACAAGAAAAAACGUUGUAUGACAAACGACAUUUAGCCUGUUUUGCUGAAAGUUGUAUUUAAUUCUUUCUAUGUAGAACUUUCCACAUUUGACUUGAAAUGAAGUCAUAUGAUGUGAGUUAUUUUAAGACAGUACGGAAUGUCUCCAUCAUUAAAAUAUUGUUGUUGUUUUGCAUGUAAUAGUUAUAAAAUGCGCUAUGGGGUCAGAGUUCCUGUG